AUGUCGGAGAACUUUUUAAGGAGUCUUCCAGCUCUUCUCUGCCUGUGUUGCUGUCUGCUGUGCUCAGCUGGAGAAGAGGUUGUCAGACUGCAGGAGCUGGAGGGAAACACUGUGACCAUCCAUACUGGAUUAACUGGAGUUCAGAGUGAUGCUCACAUACUGUGGUUCUAUGGACCUGAGAAUGCAGAUAUAAAGAUAGUGAACAGUGAGAGCUUUGAAGGAAAGAUUAUUACAAACUAUUACAGUCAGAGAUUCAGAGACAGACUGCAGCUGAACAGAACCAGUGGAUCUUUAACCAUCAGGAACAUCAGCAGAGAAGAUUCUGGAGUUUAUAAGCUACAAAUUAACACUGAAAAGAGGUCUAAGUGGAGUUACAAGAUGGAUGUGUAUGCUCCAGCUCCAACACCAACCAUAGGUCUGAAAGAAAACCACACAAUGUUUCCAAUAGAGCGAUGUGUCCCUGUGUGCUCUGUGGAAAAUGGGAAGGAUGUGAAUCUGUCCUGGUAUAGAGAAAAAGAGAGAAUCUCCACCACCAAUAGCUCAGAUUCCAGUGGUUAUAUCGUUCUUCCACUGGAUCUAAGCAGCCCAAACAACUCUACUUACACCUGUGUGGCUGCUAAUCCAGUUAGCACUCAGACAGCCCAGCCCAACUUAACAGGACACUGUUAUAACAACACAGAUUCAAAAUCUACGGAGCCGACUGCUGCCCUAACACCUGGUGAACUGACUGCUGUUGCUGUUGCUGUUGCACUUACAGCAGGCAUGUGUGAGACUCUUAAACUAGAGCAUGUGGGCGGUCACGCUUCAGGGGAAGUGGCCAAUCAGAGUUUGAGUGGGCGGAGAAUCUUUGCGCGGCUUCUUCCAGCGUCUGACUCCUAUAAAGCGGAUACAAGCGACCGAGCUGACAGUAAAGCUCGCGAUGAUUCCGACCGAGCGCUGGAUCCUCGGCGCUCUCUGUCUGGCCUGCCAUUUGAGCUGCUUCCACGGAGGGAUCGAGCAGAGAAAGCAGCCGAUAUAAACCGCCUGCACGACCCAGCCGCGCUCCGGGAAGAUGUCGAACCUUUUCAGGAGUCUUCCAGCUCUUCUCUGCCUGUGUUGCUAUUCUUAGACAGUGAAGCGAACUUAGAAUCGAUGAAGGAUGAAGACGUUAAGCAUGGCAGGCCCACUCCAGGUGGGGGAAAGGACCUGCCCCAGGUGGGGGAGUAUAAGUAUCUCGGGAUGAUUCUGUUCACGUUCAAAGUUGAAUUCACCUGGAAUUUUUUAUACAUGAGCACCAGACCAACAUUUUCUCUUUCCAUUGUUUCAGGUCUGCUGUGCUCAGCUGGAGAAGAGGUUGUCAGACUGCAGGAGCUGGAGGGAAACACUGUGACCAUCCAUACUGGAUUAACUGGAGUUCAGAGUGAUGCUCACAUACUGUGGCUCUAUGGACCUGAGAAUGCAGAUAUAAAGAUAGUGAACAGUGACAGCUUUGAAGGAAAGAUUAUUACAAACUAUGACAGUGAGAGAUUCAGAGACAGACUGCAGCUGAACAGAACCAGUGGAUCUUUAACCAUCAGGAACAUCAGCAGAGAAGAUUCUGGAGUUUAUAAGCUACAAAUUAACACUAAAAUUAGGUCUAAGUGGAGUUACAAGAUGGAUGUGUAUGCUCCAGCUCCAACACCAACCAUAGGUCUGAAAGAAAACCACACAAUGUUUCCAAUAGAGCGAUGUGUCCCUGUGUGCUCUGUGGAAAAUGGGAAGGAUGUGAAUCUGUCCUGGUAUAAAGAAAAAGAGCGAAUCUCCACCACCAAUAGCUCAGAUUCCAGUGGUUAUAUUGUUCUUCCACUGGAUCUAAGCAGCCCAAACAACUCUACUUACACCUGUGUGGCUGCUAAUCCAGUUAGCACUCAGACAGCCCAGCCCAACUUAACAGGACACUGUUAUAACAACACAGGCAGGUUAAACUCAUUAUGAUUUGUGUGCACUGUUUAUUUCUAAUUGAAUGACCAAUAGCCUGAACAC